AUGCGCAGAUGCGCGUUUUUUGACUAGAUGUACCUACAGAGGAUUAGAACGCUGUGUGAUUUAGAUUAAUUGAAGAUGAAGUGUCGGUAGAAUCUAUCAUUGAUAAAUACAAAAACUAUAAAAUCAUACACUAUAACAUUUUUAUAUAAUACAUUUCAAAUAACAAAACAAAAAUGGGCAAUACACAAGCAGGUGAAAAACAACAUAAAACCGGAAAGUCACCAGCCAAAGGUAAACAUUUUAUAAGAAAUUUAAACAGAAAAAGUUCCGGUAAAGAAACUAAGAAAAAUGCUCGUAAAAAGAGCAUCGGAAGGCGAGAAACUCCAGAUAAAGAGUUCGAUAAAACAUCAGAAUCCGAUAACAAUGAAACUAUUGAGGCAUCUGAUAACGACACGGUCGAGUGCGUGUUCAAAACAUCGACUGGCGAGGGGGGGGCGGGAACUAGUGUGCAGUCGGAGGUAACGGUGACCAGGUGCGAGUACUCCCAGCGGUCACCGACCCGCGACCACUCACACGCCGUCUCACCCGCCGAGAAAUCCUCCUCGGACUCAGUAUUCACGGACCCUUUAACGCCGCUCGCCGUAGAAGUCAACCAGUGUUAUUACUCCGCCGAGAGCGACAGCGCUCCCGAAGAACCGCUCGUCACGAACCUCGCUCCAUGCAUCGAUGCGCAACAGGUGACCUUGGCAGUCGAAGCCGGACAGACAACUAUGCCUCACGAUGAUACUGCCACCCCGCUGUCAUUUCAUGACAGCAUAGAAAAAGAAGAAAAACUUGACAUUUCCGAUGAGAUUAGUGAUAGAGAUAAUAAUGAAACUGUUAUGGGUGGCAUUUUAUCGAAGUCAAAGGAGGAAACCUUACCGCAUAAGGAUCAUGAGUGUAAUCAUGAAUUUCUGGAGAACCGGUUGAAAGCUUGUCCGGGACAGACCUCAUUUACUAUAUCCAGGCACAGGAAAGUGGAGCUUCCACCGGUCGCAGAUACCUCUCUUAAUAUUCUGGAUGAUGAUAAGAAAAGCGUCAUUCCAGUGUCAGUGAUGGAGCGGUCCCCGAUUCAAAUGUUUUACGAAAAGUUGCAUCUCUCACCCUCGAUAAGCACACAGAGUCGAGGGUCGUACGUCCCAAGUACCUAUACUAAAAUUAAAACUCUGCAUGAUGACGAAAUUUCUAAAUUGCUGGACACAUUUUGA